AUGGCUGGAAGGGACGAGACUAGCCAUAAAACCCUCCCGGAAGGCAGAGGGAACUCAGAGGAGGUGGAAGCUGCCAUGGACACCGCGAAAAAUGACACAGUCAAGGAAGAAUCGGCCUCCAACAAGCUAGAAGAACUUUCGGAACAUUUUUCGCAGUCCUACGUUAUCAAACACGCUUUGGUCGUCAAUGAUUCGGAGACAAAGAAGUCCAAGGGAUAUGGUUUCGUGACUUUUGCUGAUGUUGACGACGCGAAAGCCGCUCUGGAAGAAUUUAAUGGAUCCGUUUUCGAUGAGAAAAAGAUUAAAGUCGACUACGCCCAGCCCCGUCACCGUACAAUCGAUGAGAAUGCCGGGAAGAGUGUACCGUCAUCCGCUGCGCUUGAGGCUAAAAAACAGAGAGAGCAAGAGAGGGCUACCACUCAGCCGCCCAAACUGAUUGUUCGCAACCUGCCUUGGAGCAUCAAGGAACCGGAUGACCUUGCGGUCCACUUCAGAAGUUACGGAAAAAUUAAACAUGUUAAUCUCCCAAAGAAGGGAAACAAACUUGCGGGAUUCGGCUUUGUGGUUCUGAGAGGAAAGAAGAACGCCGAGAAGGCACUGGAAGCUGUCAAUGGAAAGGAGGUAGAUGGGAGAACUUUGGCUGUUGAUUGGGCCGUGGACAAGGCUGUCUGGGAGAAUACACAACAAGAUAGCCAAGAAAAGGGUAAUGCAGAGGAAGAAGAGUCAAGCGACGCUGAGAUGGCAGACGACGCCGAGGCCGAAUCUAAUGUUGAGGAUGAUGAAGACCUCCCCGAUGACGAAGAUAUGGAUGACAUCGAUCAGAGUGACGAAGAUGAAGACGAGGAGGAAGAGGAGGAAGAGGAAGAGGAAGAGAAAGAGGAUGAAAGAACCGCCGCCACCGUCUUUAUUCGGAAUCUACCAUUUACCUGUACAGAUGAGACGCUCUACGAACAUUUUACUCAGUUCGGACCCUUGCGUUAUGCACGCAUCGUUGUCGACCCAGAAACUGAACGCCCUCGCGGUACAGGCUUUGUUUGCUUCUGGAAGGCUGAGGAUGCAGCGGCGUGUGUGCGCGAUGCUCCAAAACAACAAGAUACUAUUGCCCCAGAGAAGGAAAAAGCCAAAAAGGGUUCCAUUGCAAUCAAACAUUCCGUCCUUCAGAAUGAGAAUGCCGAUCCAACUGGGCGUUAUACCUUAGAUGGCCGAGUACUGCAAGUUUCCCGUGCUGUGAGUAAAUCGCGAGCUACGCAACUCGCAGAGGAAGGUGUUUCACGGCGCCUUGUUCGUGAUACUGACAAGCGUCGUCUGUAUCUUCUGUCUGAAGGAACUAUCCCUUCGGACUCCCCUCUGUACAAGAAGCUCUCACCGUCUGAGAUUAAGAUGAGGGAGGACAGCUUCAAACAGCGACAAAAUUUUAUCAAGAAGAACCCAACGCUCCACCUUAGUUUGACACGACUGUCCGUUCGAAACGUCCCCCGCCAUGUUACAUCGAAGGAUCUAAAGCAACUCGCUCGACAAGCCGUUGUUGGUUUCGCCCAGGAUGUCUCUGCUGGCUUGCGCCAGCCCCUGUCCAAGGAUGAGCUACAGCGUGCUUCGGAAGAGAUGAAGGAAGCUGAGCAGCUCAGAAAAAAGAAAGGCCUUGGGGUUGUGAGACAGGCUAAGAUCGUUUUCGAAGGACGAGAUGGAAGUAAGGUCGAGGAGAAGAACAGUGGCGCCGGAAGAAGCGAGGUUAUGGUUUUGUCGACCCCCGCAACCGGCUCUGAAGAUGCUAAGGACAAGAAAAAACGACUCAUUGUCGAGUUUGCUCUUGAAAACGCGAAUGUUGUCAAACGCCGUCAAGAGCAACAAGAAAGGAUGCGCAAUUCCAAGAAAGGAAGUCAGAAAAACGGGGACUCUUCUAAGAUUGGCGACUCCCAGAAUCAAACACCACCGAAGGGCAAUAAACGAAAGCGCUCCGAGAGCAAUAGUGAUCAAGGGCAGGAUGGAGCAGAUGCGGAAGAACAGAACAAGAUUGCCAAACGCAAUCGUAUCAUCGCAAAGAAAAGAAUGCAACGGAGGACUCGCAAGGGAAAGGCGUAG